AUGAUGAUGAUGGUGGCGGUGGUGGUGGUGGCAGUGACAGCAGCGUUGCUGGGUGAAGUGACCGUGUGUCCCAUCAUAUCACGUCCAGCUGAACUCUCACGUGAGCUGGAGACACAAGUGGACAACGACUGCUGGGAUCAGUUGAUCCAGGUUCAGCUGUCGGGUUCGGGUGACUGGGCACCCUGUGACACCCAGAAGGUGGAGAUCCCAAGAGGAGAGAUGGAGGUGGUUAAGGGCCAAAUGGUGGUGCUGCACGCCUGGUACAGCCCCAGCUCGGACAUUUCCAAAAACUCUGUCACUUGGCUUUUCGUGGGAAACGAAACCAAGCCGGUGAUAAACUUCAGCUCAGGUGAGGUCGGGCACGGUCAGAACGAGUUCACCAAAAGAGUGGGCUUCAGUGUGGCCAUGCCCUCAGCCAACCUCUCCAUCUACAUCAACAACACCCAGGAGUCUGACUCUGGACACUACGUCUGCAAUGUCCUCAUCCCGGGAGCUCCUGGCAUUAUCGGGGAGAUGCGGCUAAAUGUCAAAGUCUGCACCAUGACGGGGAAUCCAGUGGUGAAGGGCAACGUGACUCUGAGCUGCAAGUCCAGUCAUGGAAAACCCGUCCCCCAGUACAAAUGGACCAAGGCUGCGCCCAUGUCCGAGGUCUUCUUCUCCCCAAUGCAGAAUGAGAGACACGGCACCCUCAGGCUGAGCAACCUCACUAAAAGCAUGUCAGGGAAGUACAUCUGCCGAGCCAGCAACACCGCCGGCUCCGACAGCUGCUCCAUUAACCUGGAGGUUAUCACCUCUUCCAAUGCAGGCAUGAUCGCAGCAGCUACACUGGGGUCGAUAGUGGGACUGGUGGCCAUGGCGCUCUUCCUCAUAUUCAUACUGAGGAGGAGACGGGACACCGAGGAGGAGAUAGCCAAUGAGAUCAAGGAGGAUGCUCAGGCACCAAAGCGAGUGUCCUGGGCAAAGAGCAACACCGGCUCAGACAUCGUGUCCAAGAACGGCACGCUGUCCUCCAUAGCCACCAGUCCCCGACCCCGAGACCCCCACCAGCCGAACUUCCACUACCCAUACUCCCCCACAUCAGCAUCAGACAGCUCGGUCAUCAACGCCUACCAGCUGCGACCCGGAGAAGCCAACACGCUCCAGGGGCUCCCUGGUUACAACAUUGGUGGCACCCCGUCGCGUAAACACAAGCGACCGCACAGCGCAAACGGGGGCCCUCCGCAGGUUCUGCGGAGCCCUGCGGUCGCUGUCCCCAACAGGACUGCGGGGGCUCAGCCUCAGGUGCCGCCCCCACUCACUGUAUCCCCACAAAUGAGCUCCUCCACUCUGACACGCAUGGGAGCCGUCGCCGUCAUGGUGCCUGCUCAAAGCCAAGCCGGCUCGCUGGUGUAG